ACCCAUCAUUUCGAAAUUUAUUUAAAAUUUUAUUAAUAUUUUCCGCGUUAUCGACCUCAAACACCUUCUUCUUGCACUUCAGAUCUGCAAUUUUUAUAACAACAACAAUAACUGGUUAGUUUUGUAAGUUUUUUGCUUCUCAAGACGGAAAAAUCGACUCUUUUGCAUUCUGUAUUAGGUCGGCUCCAUACACACACACACACACAUAUAUAUAUAUAUAUAUACAUGUGCACACAUUUACAGCAAAAGCCGUGCUGUCGUCUCUAAAUCGCAGUAUAAAAGCGAAAGCAUCAUUGUUUGAAGGCUUUAGUAGACACAUCAAACAAACGCCGAGCACAAUAACAACGUCAAACAUAUCAGCAAGCCAACGAGUGAACACACAGCACCGCAAAAUGCAGGGAUAUACCAGAUUGUUAACUUUGGCGCUGCCGCUGUUGAUGCUGGCAGGUGCAGUCACGUGUGCUGGACUUAGAUCCAGUCAGAAGGCAAACGUCGCCAAAGGCAGCGAGAAUGACGGUUCCUAUGCGGCGGAUUUAAGUGGUAGUUAUGUGGCUGACAGUUCAGGACAGUAUGUGGCAGACAAUGCGGGUGCUUAUCAUAGCACCGGUUUGGAGGGGAAGUGGUUGCCCGAUAGCCUGGGUGUUUAUCACGACGACCUGACGUGGCGCUACGUAGCGGAUGCUAGCGGUGCCUGGGCACCAGACAACAGUGGCAGUUAUGAUCCGACGCUAGAGAUACAAGGUGUCUAUCAUCCGGAUGGGUCCGGCGUUUACAUGGUAGAUAAUACCGGUGCGUACUCCAAGGAAUAUGAGAGGAACGCGGGCCAUUAGAUAGUAGUCGAUUGUUUACGCCUUUCUUGGGAAAGUUUUCAAAGAGCAACCAACAAUGAGGCACAACUGCCUUUAGAAAAUAUUGAAAUGCGCAUGUAAAUUCUAAUAUUAAUAAAAUUUGAUAUAUAACGAGAACUUAUUUAUUGUUUAACAAAACCACAGCGUUCUUUCUGCAUCGCGCUUUGUACAAAUAAAUAGAGACUUUU